UUAAAUUAAAAAAAAAAAGAUAUGAGCAUAAAAAUCCGUGCUAAAGCAGAAAGUGAUCAGAUCCAUUAGAAGUUAUUAUUUUCAUUGAAGUGUCUAAUAAAGUUGCCUGCCUUAACCUCAUUCCACCAUGCUUAAGUGGGCGUUAAAUACGCCCCGACUCUCAUAUCUAACAGAGACUGACUCCAAAGCGAACUCGAUCGAAUUUAAGUCCAACACUAAAAAUAAAAUUCGUACACCCUCUGCCAGGCGGCAAAGACUCAAGCGAAAAUCUUCAGAUUUCUGUCCUUCACACCGCUUACAGAAUUGGUUGGAAAAGGAAAAUCAACUUGAAGAACGAAGUCAAGUAACAUCCACGCCACUUCACUCAACCUCAAGGUCACAUGGCAGGAGAUGUCCAAUACGUCGGUUAAACAGCCUAAAAGAUUUAAGCAACAUUACUCCAUAUGAAGGCAACAACCCCAGCAUUAUACCAAAACCAAUUUCCUUAGAGUUCAAUACACCGACUUUAAGUCUGACCAGCUGCGGAAUAACACGUAAAAAUCCCUCGAACUAUGCUGCCACACUACCUACCCUCGAAGUAGAAUACUCGCCGUGCGGCUUCGUGCCUGGCCCAAUACUAGCAUUACGUGGCUUGGGAAUUGCCGACACAUAUUUUGACAAGCCACGGUAUUUGUCACCCGAUGAACAAAACCAAACUCUGAUACAACCCCAACCAACUAUCAGUACCACAAAUUCCACUUUUCAAAGUCAGCGAAAUACGUGCGAUGAUACGGUUUCGUUGAGCUCUUCAAAGAUGGGCGAUCAGACGCUGGAACGCAUGAUAGACGCGAUUUUGGAAAGCACACGAAAGGAAAAGAAGUCCAUUAAAUUCGCAAAACCAUCGCAUCAUCAUCAACGCACCGUUAUGUCCCCUACAUAUACACCAGCCGAAGAUCCCGCAAAUGACUUAAGCGAGUUUUGGAGUGAGAAUCAAAAUAAAACACCAUUGACACAACCGAGGCGCAAAAGGAGGCGAUCGCUGCCUGUUAAAAUGGCAAUGACCCAGCUAUUUAGUGAGCGAGAGGUGCGGUCGCCACUGGGAGCAGGGCAUCGCAUGCGAAGACUACAAGAUAGUAAUUUUUUCCCCUUACGACGACAACGUGUAGUGCGUCGGAAAAGAAACACAUCUAAGUCCAAUGGAAAAACUACAAAACUCUCUCCUCAUGAAAUCGUUGAGGCAACAGAAGUAAAAGUUUCGCCGGAACUCGCAGUGCUUGAUUCCAAAACGAUAGAAAAUUCGAGUCCUGACAGUGGGCACAACUCUUGCAGCGAACUGGAUGAGAACACUCUCGAAGAUGACUGUUUGACAGUAAGAGGCUCACUAGAAAAUACCGGCUUCCGUGCGCUCGACGCUACUAAACGACGUCUCAGCUUUUCAACCAAAACAAUGUCAGCCAGCCAAUAAAGCGCAAAGUUCGAUGCACAUAAACGCUUACUAAAUUGUGUGCAUUUAUAUAUGUUAAUUACUUAUAUAUCUAUUUAAC